AAAUUAAUUUUUUUUAUGAAGAGGCUUAAGGGCAAGGCAACGUUUGAGAAGAGAGCCAACAAAAGAGCAGUUAAGUUCAGGUUGCUGAAGAAUUACUGUUUAUAAAUUGAGAUUGGUUUUAUUUUGAAAUGACACGUGCACUGUUGCUGCUUUUCUUAGCAGUUUUGACGUGCCAAGCUGUCGUUCUGCGAAAUCGGCCGUCACAUCAUAAGAAGUUGACAAAGCGAGAACUGGUGCAAACCUUUGGUGUAGCAGAACACGAAAAUGUACCUGAUUAUGAAUUAACCACAGUAAGAAGAGCAAAAUCUCAUCGAAGAAAAAGAAGUGAGGACAUUCCAACAUCAUUGACUCUUAAAGCAUUUGGCACAAAACUGAGGUUAAAUUUAACUUUAAACAAAGACUUCAUAGCAAAAUCUCAUACAAUUGAGAUUUACGGUGCCAAUGGCAAAGUUCGUAAAUAUUUUGGUGUUCCUGGAGAAUUUGUUAGAGGUGCUAUUCAUGGAGAUGAUGAUUCCCAUGUUGCACUACAUCAUUCAAGCAGGGGAAUUAGUGGUUCCAUUAGAACAGCAAAUGAUUUUUAUGUCAUCAAUCCAUUACCACGGAGUGUACAUUCUUCAGACGGCAACCAUAUUAUAUUUCGUACAAGAGAUUUGCCAGAAGGUCAUCCUCUUCAUUCAAUGACAUGUGGAACUAAAGAAAGUAGAUCCCAUGAUAAUGGUCCAAGACGUAAACGUAGGGCUGCUGGAGCUGAAAAAACGAUGGAGAUUAUGAUGGCUGCAGAUUACAAAAUGGUUCAAUGGUACUCCUUAGAGGCUCUUCCAAGUUAUAUGCUUUCUGUUGCAAAUAUUAUGUCCAGCUUAUUCAGAGAUGUUUCUUUACCUUAUAAAAUCAAUGUGGUUGUAACAAGAACUGCAAUAUUUGAAACAAAUCAGUUCAAUGCACCCAGCAUUAGUAGUCUUCUUGCAAAUUUCUCUACAUGGGUUAAACAAAAUAACAAGGAGGACGAUGCUGAUUCAGGUCAUGUUGAUAAUGCUGUUUUGUUGACAAAAAAUGGUUGUGGUGAUUCAUGUGCACUUGAAGGUUUAGCAUACGGCUCCUUAUGUGGAACAAGCGCGCAGAGUGUUACAAAGGACAGAGGUUUGAUGUCAGCUUUAACGGCUGCUCAUGAAGUUGCCCACAAUCUGGGUGUAGGCCAUGAUGGAACUGAUGAAUGUCCCGAUGGAACAAACAUAAUGGCUACAGGUUCUGCAUCUGGUGCAUCUUCAUUUCACUGGUCAUCGUGUUCAUCAUCACAAAUUUCAUCUGCUUUAGAGUCAAGUCAAUCAUACUGUUUUAAUGACCAGCCAGCAUCAUCAUUAUCAAACUCAUCUUUUGAACUUUAUGGUACAGUUUACAAUGCAGAAAAACAAUGUCAAUAUACAUUUGGAACUAAGUUUGGAAAAUGCGCUUAUUAUGAGAAUCGGUGCGACAAAUUAUUCUGUCAAGAAAAAGGAUCAAGUGGAUGCAUUGCUUUGGCUUAUCCACCUGCUCAGGGAACUUAUUGUGGACCAAAUAAGUGGUGUAUAUAUGGUGAGUGUGUUCCAGAUGGUACAGCUGCUCCCACACCAGUGCAUGGAAGUUGGGGAGAAUGGGGAGAUUACACUGUGUGUAACCAAGAAUGUGGUUUGGGUGUUCAAUGGAGGAAUCGAUCAUGCAACAAUCCUGCGCCUGCCAACGGUGGUGCUGAUUGCGUUGGAGAUGACAAAGGACAUUAUAAAACUUGCAACACUGAGCCUUGUCCAGCUGAUACACCAACAUUCCGAUUGAGUCAAUGCCAAGCAAUGCAGAAAGACUAUACCGAUUUCUUUGACGGUAAUCAACCAUGCCAGUUGGUGUGUGGAUCUGCAACCGCUGCUUAUUAUUUCGGCCCAGUGAAAGAUGGAACGAAAUGUGUACCAGGAAGUCGAUCAAACGAUAUCUGCAUAAAGGGUGAAUGCCAGCCCGUUGGAUGUGAUCUGGUAUUGAAUUCUGGCAACGAAUAUGAUCGAUGUAAAGUUUGUAAGGGAGACGGUUCAACAUGCCAGUUAUACACUGGCUCUGACAUGAAUGAAUAUGCUACACAAGGACAAUAUCACAUCACAGAUAUUCCAUCUCAAUCUUUGGAUAUCUCAGUAAAAGAAGUUGGAGGAACUUUUAAUUUUCUUGGAUUCAAAGUUGGCAAUGCAUCAAAUCUUGCGAUCGGUUUGCCCAGUUAUUCGUCCACCUAUGAUUUGGACGGAACAAAGAUUUAUUACGACAUGGAAGGCUGGUAUUAUCCUGAUGAAAUUAGAACUGUUGAUAGAAUUCCUAAGCCAAUCAGAGUAUACCUGGUAAAUUUUUAUCAAGUCAAAUCAGAAGGUGUAUCCUGGAAAUAUUAUGGUCCUGUCACGACAGACUCUGCUCCUCCAACGUACAUGUGGCAGCCAACACAGUGGAGAAGUUGCACAAAGUCUUGUGCACGUGGUUUGCAAACUCGCCAACUUAUCUGUGUUCGUACCGAUGACAACAGUACAGUUAGUAGCGCGCUUUGUAAUCAUCUCGAAAAGACGAAUACAGUGCAACCUUGCAACUUACAAGAUUGUCCUCCUCAUUGGCACUUGACAGAAUGGACUAAAUGUUCAAAAUCAUGCGGCAAUGGCUCUCACACUAGACAGUUGUAUUGUGCUCAACUCAGUGCAACGGACGGACAAAAAGCUGUGGCAGAUACUGAAUGUAGUGGAGAGAAGCCAGUUCUACCUACAUUUGAGAGAUGUAAUGAAAUCAUGUGCCCUGCUGAGUGGUCCACUACUACUUGGAGUGAAUGUUCAGUCUCCUGCGGUGGUGGUACAAGAAGUCGAACGUACACAUGCAAACGUAUAAAUGGUGACGGAAAUGUAGUUACUGUGUCCAAUCUUGAAUGCUCAUAUGCUACCACGCCCUCCACCACAGAGACGUGCAAUGCUGAUAUUUUGUGUCCUGUAUGGAAAGUUGUUUACUCUGAAUGCUCUGUAACCUGUGGAGGAGGCACCAAAACUCCUUCCGUCGUCUGUGGCCUGGACACAAAAGACGAAAAAUUAGACGAUUCGAAGUGUGAUGCAACUAAGAAGAUUGAUAUAUCAACGUUAGAGAAGAGAAUUUGUGGAACAGAAUCAUGUUCUGAGUAUCACUACGUCACAAAGGAAAGCACGUGCAGUGUCACGUGUGGUGCUGGAUUAAUGACUGUAACAGUGGAAUGUCAAAAUAAACGUGAUGCAACAGUCGUCGAUGAUUCAUUCUGUGCACACUCAGUAAAACCUACACCGUCUGCUACCAAGGAAUGCAGUGCUGGAGUUUGUCCUGUUAAGCAUGUGUGGAAGACCAAGUAUUCUGAAUGCUCGAAAUCAUGUGGUGGUGGAACGAAAUCUCUUAUUGUCUACUGCGUUAAAGAAGAUACCACGACUGCUGUAGAUGAUCUGUUGUGUGACGCUGCCACCAAACCAGCACCUGCCACAGAACCGUGCGCCGAAACAGCUUGUCCCAUCGUAUACAAGUGGACUGUUACGUACGGGGAGUGUUCAGUUACAUGUUCGACAGGAAAGCAAACCGCGGGAGCUGUCUGUAUUCGCGAGAACGACGCAGCAACAGUUGAAGACCCCUUGUGUGUAAAUUUGACCAAACCUGUGUUGGUGGAUAAAGUAUGCGACAUGGGUGACUGUCCACCCACUUAUGCAUGGAAACAUGUCUUCUCCGAAUGCAGUGUGAGCUGUGGGACUGGUAAGCAGACAUCGUCAGUGGUGUGUGUUCGAGACACAGAUGAGGCAGAGAUGAGCAAUGACAUGUGUGAUGCGUCCACAAAACCUGUUGCAGUUACUAAGGCCUGCUCGCUUGAACCGUGUCCGCAGAAACACGAUUGGAGAGCUACACACGGUGAAUGUGUUGCUUCUUGUGGACCAGGUUCCAGACUGAAGACAUUAGAGUGUAUUGAAAUCAAAUCUGGAUUUGUUGUCGAGUCGUCUUUAUGUCAUGGGCUCGCUAUCCCGGACGAUGAAGCUUGUGAAGUAAAGGCAUGUGAACCAGUUUUCGAGACGACUUCUAUGCCGCCAUCUUAUGCAGUCGGUUGCUAUAGUGACAUUCCUUCUCCGAGAAGACUGCCAAUAUUCAUUAAUGCUUUUGAAAUUUCGGAGCCUGCUGCUUUAAUCAAGAAAUGCGCUGAAGAGGCUCAUGCUAGAGGAUACGAAUACUUCUCUACCCAAUUUACGACCGAAUGCUGGGCUGGUGAUUCAUCUGCGGCUAACACUUUCUACUUGAAUGGUAUUGCAGACAACUGCGUCCACGGAGUGGGAAGGGAAGCAUCUAAUUUUGUGUACAGAAUUGGUGCACCAAGCGUUGUAAAGUCUGUCCUUCCGCUUGUUAAAUUGGGUUGUUAUACGGAUGAUUUGGAAACAUCGCGCCCUCUACCGGAAGGCAUUGAUAACUUCCGCUCGUUGGUCGAUUGGUCUAAGUCCGACCUAAACUCGGCGGCGAUCAUUUCUCGUUGCGCUGUCGCCACGUCCCGUCGGAAUUGGAAAGUGUUCGGCGUACAAUAUUUCGGUGAAUGUUGGAGCGGUGAAACUGCUGAGGAAACUUUUAGUCGAGGGGGCAGGUCCUCAGAAUGUACAAAUGGAAUUGGAACAUACAACGAGUACUCCGUUUAUCAAUUCUAUGAAGAUUAAUUUAUGCUUAUGUAAUUACUUUACUUGAGAAGAAAAAUAUUUCUUGUCAUAAA